AUGGAGACGGGAGAGCCGGCCGGCGUGAGGGUCGGCGCCAACAUAUUCCGCGAGAUGUGCUACAACUAUAGGGACUCAUUAUCCGCCGGCAUUAUCUGCGCCGGUUGGGACAGGCGUGCGGGCGGACAGGUCUUCACAAUACCAUUGGGAGGAAUGCUUGUGCGACAGCCCGUGGCUAUUGGCGGGUCCGGCAGUAGUUAUGUUUACGGUUACGUCGACUCGAACUACAAGCCCGGUAUGAAUGAGGAGCAGACCAUUCAGUUCGUGACCAACACCCUAUCGUUGGCUAUCAGUCGCGACGGUUCCAGUGGUGGUGUCAUACGAAUCGGUAUUAUCACAAAGGAUGGCAUCAAACGCAAAGUGAUUACCGGCGAUGAUAUCCCCAAGUUUUUUGAAGGAUGA